AUGGCAAUCUUUAAUUUAGUUGAUCAAGCGUCAUCAUAUGGGGCAUAUCACCAUAAUACAAUUAAUAAAUUCAUUCACAUUGUAUUCGUUCCAUUGAUUCUUCUUACAGCAUUUAUUUUUGUAGAUAAUUUACCACAUUCACCAUUUUUAGAGGAUUUAUUAAUACCAUUAAAUUCAAUCAGUAAUGGUUUAAUUCCAGUUGCACUUAGUACUCCACUUGCAAUUGCAUUAUCUUUAUAUUAUUGUAUUUUAGAUGUUAGAGUUGGUUUAGCUUCAAUGCUCUGGAUAAAUGCAGCAAAUUAUGCAGCAGUAUAUUCAAUUAAUACUUAUGGAUUAGAAUUAGCAACUUAUUAUGGUACAAUUGUACAUAUUGUAUCUUGGAUCUCACAAUUCAUUGGACAUGGAGUUUUUGAAGGUAGACGACCAGCAUUGAUCAGUAAUAUCUUUCAAGUAUUCAUCGCACCAUUUUUUGUUACACUUGAAGUAGUCUUUAUGUUUGGAUUUUUAAAUAGAACUAGAAUUGAAGUUGAUCAUAACAUCAGAAUUAAAAAAAAUAUAUAA